GAGUUCACUUUGCAGGAAAUCACCUCCACAUUCAAGAUACGAAGAUCCGACCACACCACCCGAUUCCAAUACCGGAACAAUUGGCGCUAAAAGGAGAGGCACAAUAACAUAUCAUUGUGCCAUCGAAUCUCCGAGAGAGUAGAGGAGUAUUCUAUUGUCUUAAUUCAUUACUGUCAUCUAAGAAACAAAUUCGCAUCUCAAAUUUACACUCACAAACCAAAAUUAACGAAGGCCCACAAGGCCAUAAAGUCACAAAUCAGUCCGUAAGGAAGAUCUAAGAGUAAAAAAUAAUAAGAACAUUGCAAAUGCCAAGUUUUGUCUUCCCCAUCAUACACAACGAAAAGCCAUUAUUACAAAGUCCGUUCAGGAUAAUCAAAGCAAAAACCAGGGGCUCCUAAGUGGAUUAGAAAGGUGGACUACACAUAUCAUGAGUUCAAAGAUCCCCAUUUUCCUUUUAACAAACUUCAUUAUAGUUAGGCAAAAGUCAGUGCCUAUUAAAUCACGAAUUUGCCCAGAACAUUCUCAGAUCUAAAGCUUAAUUUAAAGAAGAAAAGGAAAGCUAAGCAUCAAUAUAGGGGGUAGGUUAAAUUGCUUGACAUGGAUUUCACCGUGGGCAUUAAAGCAAGAAGGAUGGUUGAGAUCCCAAAAUAACCGACGAAGUGCACUGCUGGCAUUUUUCCUACCGGCCGUCUUCUACCGGCAUCACCGACUAAGUGCCGCUUGCUGAGUUGCUCUGCUAAAGGCGGCAAUGCCAGAGCACGGAUACCAGCUAAGUUUUCUGUCUCCUUACUUGUAUGAAAUUAGUAGCAGACCGGUUGGCAGCCAACGUUCUAAAUAAUCCUCCAUGAAUACAUGGCUAGCCAUUUAAAUGAACUGUUGUCGGCCUAAUUUGCAUGCCAUAUUGCUAAAUGUCCUUUUUCCUCAGUUAUAUUAAGUUAAAGGUUGCAUAACUGUAUAAAUAAGUGUUUCCUUAAAAACCAUUUAACAAAGUCAAAAGAAUGAUUUUGCCGACUGUGAUUUCUACCGCAUAUACCUUCUGGAAAGUCUGUGUUAAAGCAUAAGUGCUUAUUCUUGAAUAGCAGGUGUGUUGGCAAUGAAGCAUCAUAGUUUGCGUAUUACCUGCUUGCGCAAUAGGAAAACUGUAUAUAUGAAAGUAUGAUACCGUCUGUCAGCUUAAAUAUAUGGGCAUGGCUAUACCGGCCAGAAUUAUCUGAUUUAUUGCUGGUAAAGAUUAUCUGAUUAAUUGCCGGCUGUAUAAUGGCCGGUAAAGAUUACCUGGCUAAGAACACCCCGUAAAAUUACUUGACCCAUUGCCGACCGCAUUAUUGUCGGCUAAAACUACAUGACUAAUUGUCGACUGUAUUAUUGUCGGCUAAAAUUACAUAACUCUUUGCAGACUGCAUUAUUUACCGAUUAAAAUUAUCUGCUUUUUUAUCGGCUAAAUUAUCUGAUUAAUUGUUGACAAGCCAUACGCGACUUGGUGCUUUGAAUUGUUGCCGAGUAGCAUGUGUGAACCUUCAACCAUGUCAUUUGCUCCCAGCAUGUGUUUUUAGAUGAUGUUAGGCAAGGCUCAUAAGCAUCUUUAGCUCACUAACUCAUAGAUUAAUUAUUAGCAAGGGUUUAAGCAAGGAAUUAUCAACGAGCGAUUAGUUAUUUCCUUAUUCGCUACCAGUCUAGAUUGAAAGUUAAUACCAGUCCAGUGGUAAUGCAUCCCUAUAAUUACAUACUUUCUGUCGGCCAUUUUUCAAUGUGCCUAGUAUGAAGUCAUUUUGAAACAAUUUUUAUAAGAAGGGGAUUGGUGGUCAUACCACCUUAUGUGCUACCUGUUUGUACCUGAUGUUUUCUCGAUUAACGGGCAAAUAAAAAAUACAAGUAAAAGAUAAAAAGUAAAAAAGCUGAUCAUUUCAGUAAUAAAAACUUUUAGCCGGUGCAUAAUCUUACCGGCGCAUUGUAGCAAUCGUGAUAGCCGGUGCAUAAUUUCAAUAUUUUCACUAUCUUUGCAUGACCCUUAACUUUUAGUUGCUAUUUGAACUAUGAAUGUAAAAGUCAUCCUAUCUGCUGCCGUUUAAAACUUUAAGUUGGUAUCGGUCUUGUUUGAGCAAUCGCGGCCUGGUUUGAUAAGUCAUGCCCAUGUCAUAUUCUCUGUAGCAAAUGUGCCGAAAAGUUUGAAAUUCCUCCUAUCAUACUUAUUGCAAAUAAGUGUUGGCAUGAUGAGCCUGCUACAAUUUUUUAGUGUCCUACCGGGUGAUUCCUACCGGCUCAAAUGUGCAAAUCACUAUAAAAGUGUCCAUAGCCAAUCUGCCAUAUAUUGUGCACCCAUAGGCAUUUAAUUUGAACAUCUAAUUAAUUAUCCUCUGCCCCAUCAUUUCUAAAUGGUAGAAGAUCUGUCGUACUGUUAUACUUGCAGUUUUCUCAACUGAUGGGCAAAGAGUAGCUGAAUUUCAGUGUUAAAGAAAUCAUCCUUUAUAGUUAAUGACUCCCAUCGUCGGAGUGCGCAUAUUACCGGCGCAUAGUAAUAAACUUAUUAGCCGGUGCAUAAUGUUAUUAUUUUUGGUUCGCUGUCCAGUAACCGUUAGCUUUUGUGAGAGAUUGUCUAAAUUGUUGCCGUAUAAUUGUAUAAAUAGUUAGCAGCCUAAUUUUGGGAGCUAUGUUUGCAACCGGCUUUAUUCAAAGUCGUGCCCAUUGGCCCAAUCCCCCUUUAUGUUUAUUUGUUGCCAAAUCAGAUGUCUCUUAAUUCCCUACCAAUCAUAUAUACAAUCAAAAAUCCCCACCAGACUCAGAGGUGCGAGUCAUGUUAUGAGAGUUUCCGAAAAGUCAUAAUAUAGUACCACUUAAUUUACUAGUAAUUUCUGCAAGUCUUAUUUACAAAAUCAAAAUCCAUACCGGUCUUUUUAAGCGGCCUCGAUUUAAUUCAUUUGUUGUUAGCAAGAGCUUAAGUACUCCAACUGUUUGGUAAGCUCCCAAAGUGUUUGUUAAGUGUAUAUUGUGUGCCAUCUUGUAAUAAUGAGUACCAAGGGCCGCCUACUUUGAUACUACAUGCUUGGUCUUUUUUGUUUCUUAAAAAGUCAAGUAUGUAUAUUCGCAGUUACGUGAUAAUAGGAGGAUGCAACCAUUUUAUUUGCUAGCGGUAUUUUAAGCAGCCUAAGUUGUUGAGACUCAUAAUUAAGUCACCAAUAAACCAGAAUAAAACUAAUCGGUGUCUUAGUUGUAAGACUUGAGCUAUAGGUUGUGGUUUUCUAUCUGUCUAAUAUGAUAAUUUUCUGCCGGCAAAAUCCUUGUUGGGAUCCUAAAUGCAAAUCGCACCGUAAAUGUUUUUGAAAAAUCACACUCGUACCAUUUAGUCAGACAAUGUCAUGCUGUCUAAAGUAAUGUCGGCCUAAGAAUGGUAGUCUAAGCAGCCUGCAAGGCCGUUCCUUGUUGCAUUCAGGUGUGCAGUUCACGUUCUAAACGUUUUUACAAAUGCCUACCGAUAACUUUUGUAUAAAAGGCUACCAGUAAGAGAAGGUAAAAUAAGUGAAGUCUUAUUCACUUGCUAUCAUUUACUAUUUUGUGCAAGUCUACAAUAAGUGUAAGUUAAAUAAUGCAUGCGGAUCAAGGUCUAGCAUAAACCGUAUAAGUAUUGAUGAAGUCAGACUUUGUUUAUAUUUCAAAGAGGAAUAUUUCAUGCCUCCCAAAGGUUGGUUGAGGGUAAUAAGAAGACUUAUUGUUUGCAGGAGCUUCUCAUAAUGCAAUUGUUGGGUAAAAGCUCUUGACAUCGAAUUUAUUGCAUAUAAAUGUUUUGAAUAAGGAUAUUCUUACCAUAUAAUUUGCAACCGGCCUAUUUCUUGCCGGACCCGCAAAUUUGUUGAUUACCAAGGGCUUAGCUCACUUAUCGUCAAGGAUAAUAUUAAGCACUCCAGAUGUUUGUGAAUUGUGCAAGGGUCGCAGCUCAAAGAAGGGCACCAUGUUGUGCCGGUAAAAGGUGCUUAAUCCAACCAUUGCUUCGCAUUUUCCGAGUUCAAUCCCAUGAUGAUCCCAUGAUGACCUAUGGAGGACAUUCAUUUACGGGCGUAGGUAGAAAAAUUCUAAAAAGGGGAUAUGCGCGCAACAAUUACAACACUGCAUCAUGAGCGUAAGCAAGAAAACUCUGGAAAGGAUAAGCUCGAAGCAAUUACGGUAAAAGUCAGGAAAGCCUCCCUAUAUCCUUCUCGUGUGCACUUGAUGUUAAAUAUUAUUGUACGUGGUUAUACGCAUGAGAAAGGAACUGCAAUUUAAUUAUUCAUUACACUCACAUGAGAUAUGUGUCUACCCGCCAUGCAUAAGGCACAAAGACAUCCUAAAAACAAGCAUGCUAGCACUAUGAUCUUAAGGUGUUAUUUUGUUUUAACUAUGUUAGCUAAUACCAAUCAUGAUGUAUGUUGCAAUGAAUCAUGCUUAGAGGUAUCAAGUUUCAAUCAGGGUAGGCCUUUAGCGGUAUGACUAAUCGGACUAAAGUCCCGGUAAUCGUGUCCAAUUCUCUUGUAUGUUGUUGGUUGUAACUGUACGGGGUGUCCUACCGGCACCACUUGGUACCGGCAGAACUCCCCGUAGGUAAACUUAACCUGCAGGUAAUCUGGUCAUCUUAGGUACAAAACCCCUACCGGCAAUAUUUGCAAAGACCCCUACCGGCAUUAUCAUGAAGAUAACCAACCAAGGGUCACUAUCAACAGGUCGCUAUCUAAACACAAGGGACCCACCUGAUCGUACCUUUGGAUUGGUCUAUAUAAGGAGCACCUCAUUUAUUGCUAUGAGGUACACAAACACUAAAACACACUUCUUUCUUACUCUCUAAUCAUCUCUUAAUCAUCUCUUAAUCUCUCAGUAAUCUUACUUAAGCAUCGGAGGGGGGAUCCUCGAACCACCCUCGAGGCUAGUUAAUCCAUUCUGUUGUGCAGAUAUCAACCGACACUCUCAACAGGAAUCCAGUAUCCCACAGUCAGCUGUUCCCAUUCCACACCCGGAACAAUUGGCGCUAGAAGGAGGGGACCUCAUCCCUUGAAACGGUAGAACAGUCAGCAUGGAUCUCUCACAGAAAGACGGUAAAAAAUCAAAGAAAAUUCAGGAAAAAGCAGCAACUCCACAACCGGCGACAACCUUCAAAUUCCAACUCUCACUUCUAAACCCAGCCCAUCUCUUACAAGCACAAUCAAUUGUAAGCCCAGCAACAAAAAACACCUCGGUACCGGCACAAAAGGAAUUCACAGUGGAGGACGAUGAUGAGUUAGAAAUAGAAAGCCCUGCCAGAGAGCAACCGAAAACUCCGCUGGAGCAGACGCUGCAGGAGCGCCUGUCUCCCCUAUCGGAAGUAUUCACGGGAGAGCAAUUGAAAACACUGUCGGCGGUGAUGGCCGCUUUGUCAGAGUUACCAGCCUCGCAACAGCCAGGCUCAGUCUGCAGUCUAAGAAAGACCAGGUCGGCGAUUCCCCAGUUACCCGUUAGGGAUCUCCUAACCGCCCUGAAUCAAGAAAACACCCCAGAAAAAAGAAAGCGCUCGGAUCCGGCAGAAACAGAAUGGCCUGAAACAGAGCAAGUCCCAACCGCGGAGUAUGAGCGAAGAGCGCCGGUUCUACAGAUAGCUAGACGACAGACAAUCCAGCCAAAGGAUUCUCCUCUGUGCAGAGAAAUCCUAGAAGAAAGGAUGGAAAGGAUAAAAAUCCCGACAGGGAGAUACGAUGGGACGACGGAUCCGGAGGAUCACUGCACCACAUUCAAACAGCACAUGAUGCUGUACACAGAUUCUGACGCCAUGUGGUGCAAAGUAUUCCCAUCCACACUCUUAGGAGUUGCAGCAAGCUGGUAUAAGGGCAUAGAGGCACACUCCAUUUACAGUUUUCGACAGCUGCAGGCGUCGUUUUUGUCACGAUUUGUGAGCAAACAGAAGAGAAAGAAAUCGUCGGGAGAGUUAAUGUCGUUUGCUCAAAGAGAUAGAGAGUCGUUAAGAGAUUAUCUCACCCGCUUUAACAACGAAUCAAUCACUAUUCCCAAUUUGCAGCAGGAGGUUGCUGUUCUGGCUCUGAUGAGGGGAAUGCAAGAGUGCGAAUUCAAGAAGUACCUUAGCCGGAAAUCAUACACUAAUCUGGGCGACGUCCUGCACAAGGCCAAUGAGUACAUCAGGGGGGAUGAAAUGAUGAAGAUCUCCAAUGUGGUAGUGGCAACCGGCGGAAAUGUCGGGUAUAAUCCAGGCUAUAACCCCCAGGCGGGAAAAGGAGGAAGCAAUUUUCACCAGAACAAUAAUCAGCAAGGGGCAAGCCAGAGAAACCAGAAUAACAGAAAUGCCAAUCCACAGGGGCAGAGACCCCGACAAGACAGAAGGGAGUCCAGAGGACUCUUUGAUAACUACACUCCGCUGAACACACCGCAGACGACAAUUUACAACAUAAACAACAAGAUGGACGGUUGGAGAAGGCCGCCACCAAUGCAGAGUAGGAAAAGAAAUGUCAAGAAAUUCUGUGACUUCCAUAACGAGCACGGCCACCUCACAGAGGACUGUAGAGACCUCAAAGACAACAUUGAGGAUAUGGUCAGAAAGGGGUAUUUUUCGCAGUAUAGGGCGAGACAGGGAAAUGGUAACAACAACUCGGUGGGGGGAAACCCUACCAAUUCAUACCGGCCACAACAGCAAAAUCAACAACAAUACCCUAGAAUCGAACAGCCAUAUCAGCCACCUAGAAUCGAGCAAAAACAGCCGGAAACCAGUGCCAGAGCAGAACAGAGGGAUGGCGGGAAAAAGCCACCCGUGUAUGUAAUUUCUGGCGGUCCAGUCCACGGAGGGACGAUAAGCGGCGCCAGCAGAAGUUUGGAGGAACACAGUCACAUGGUAAAUUAUCAUAACACAAGAGUGUGGCCGAACCCACCCAGCAUACCAGUGAUGACGUUCUCGGAAUCAGAUUGCAGAGGCAUCAAUUUCCCGCAUGAUGACCCGCUAGUUCUCACAAUCGAUAUAGCAAAUGCCGACGUGAACAGAGUACUGGUAGACGGAGGCAGCUCAGCAAACAUCAUCUUCUGGGAAGCCUUCAAACAAUUGCACAUACCAGAAGACGAACUUCAAAGGGUGAACUACCCAGUAAUCGGUUUCUCAGGAUCUACAGUGUACCCAGAGGGUAGCAUACGGCUGCCGGUGAAAAUCGGAGAAGGAUCUGAAAUGCGAGAUCUCAUGGUGGAUUUCCUAAUCAUCAAAGUACCAGCGGCCUACAAUGUGAUCAUCGGUCGCCCAUUCAUACAUGACGUGCAGGCGGUAGUCUCCACCUAUCACUUGACAAUGAUAUAUAUGUCGAACCUGGAAAGGCCGGCAAAGAUAAGGGGAAGUCAGUUGGCGGCAAGAUCCUGUUACUUGACUGCUUUGAGAACACCGGGAAGAAUGGUCCCAGAAGUAAACCUGACUACUGAGCCGGCAAGGCAAGAAGUAAACUGGACUACUAAGCCGGCAAGACCAGAACAACUGCCAAAAAAGAAGAACUGCACGAAAAGAGGUCGAACUGACCUGGACAUGGAACACUUCGAUGAGAGACCGGUAUCAGCACCAAGACCAAUGCCAGAUGGUUUGACAGAAAAUAUUGAGUUGGAGGUUGGAAACAUGGAUAGAACGGCCGUGAUCGGUACAGAAAUGGGGAGUGACAUGAAGGUCAACCUCAUCAGCUUGCUGAGGGAACACGCGGACAUCUUUGCAUUCUCAGCGGAUGAGAUGCCCGGUAUUGAUCCAGAGAUAAUGGUCCACCGGUUAAACGCCGACAGAAAUGUUAGGCAUGUACGGCAGAAAAAACGUAAUUUCUCCACAGAAAAAAUGGCAGCAAUACAAGAAGAGGUGGAUAAACUGCUGGCGGCAGGUUUUAUUGAGCCACGUGACUACCCUGAAUGGUUGGCAAAUGUAGUAAUGGUGAAAAAGCCGAGUGGGUCAUGGAGAAUGUGUGUAGAUUUCACCAACCUUAACAGAGCAUGUCCAAAAGAUUUCUAUCCACUUCCACGGAUUGAUAGGCUGGUAGACUCUACUAGCGGCCAUGCAAUGCUCAGUUUCCUAGAUGCCUUCUCAGGGUAUCAUCAGGUCAGCCUGCAUAAAUCAGACAGGAAGAAGGCGGCUUUUAUCACGGAUGCAGGAGUUUUCUGUUAUAAGGCGAUGCCAUUCGGGUUGAAAAAUGCAGGGGCAACGUAUCAAAGGCUGGUCGACAAGGUGUUUGCCGACCAAAAAGGCAGAAACGUGGAGGUCUAUGUAGAUGACUCUAUCGUAAAAAGCCGGAAAGAGGAGGAUCAUGUUAACGAUCUCCGAGAAACUUUUGAGACUUUGAGAAAAUACAGGAUGAAAUUAACCCCAAAAAAAUGCGUCUUCGGAGUAAGGUCGGGAAAAUUCCUGGGGUUCUUGGUCAGCGAGCGUGGCAUAGACGCUAACCCUGAAAAAGUAGAAGCAAUCAUCAGUCUGCCGCAACCCAAAAGCGUAAAAGACAUACAGCGGUGGACAGGAAAAAUGGCCGCCUUAAACAGAUUUGUGAGCAAGUCGGCAGAUAAGCAAAUGCCCUUCUUCACAACCUUGAGGCAAAAUAAGAAAUUCAAAUGGGGGCCGGCAGAGCAAGAGGCUUUUGAAGCUCUAAAAAUUCACCUAAAGAACCUGCCAACAAUAGCAAGGGCAAAAGAGGGCGGAAAAUUACAAUUGUACAUAUCGGCGUCGCCAAAAACAGUUGCAGCAGUACUGGUAGCCGAAACAGAAAACAAAGGGCAGCAACCAGUAUAUUUUGUGAGCCAUGUGCUAAACGGCCCAGAAACAAGAUACACGGUUGUGGAGAAAAUGGCAUAUGCAGUCCUUAUCGCGGCUAGAAAGUUAAGACCAUACUUUGAUGCGCAUACAAUCGAAGUGCUAACAAACUUUCCUCUCGAAAAAGCCAUCAGCAAGCUAGAUACAUCAAGCCGGCUGCUAAAAUUGGCAAUAGAGUUGUCCGAGUUUGACUUGGAAUUCCGGCCAAGAACUGCAAUCAAAGCCCAGGCAUUGGCGGACUUCAUAGUUGAAGCGUCAUACCAAGAGGAUGAAGUACAAGCUGAAGUAUGGGAUGUGUCAGUGGAUGGUUCAGCUGCACAGACAGGCAGUGGGGCUGGAAUAAUCAUGAAAUCGCCAGGAGGAGACAUUUUUGAGUAUGCUAUAAAGUUUAUGUUCAACGCGUCAAAUAACGAGGCAGAAUACGAGGCAGCAAUCGCCGGCAUCCAAAUGUGCCUCGCAGCAGAUGCCAAAAGAGUAACACUCACAUCAGACUCCCAGCUGGUAGCAAGUCAAUUUAGCGGAGAGUACGAGGCCAAAGAACCUUCAAUGGUCAAAUACCUGGAAAAGUUGAGGUCAGUGUCGGCUCAGCUAGAGAAAUUCAGUAUUAAUCUGGUAUCCCGAGCAGAAAAUACGCUGGCAGAUGCACUAUCAAAGUUAGCAAGUUCAAAUAUCGCCGACUUGAAAAGAACAGUCAUGAUGGAAGUCAUGAAUAAGCGAAGUACGGAGUCGGAGGAAAUACGAGUCAUGGCCAUCACAACUACCUCAGAAUGGUACGAUAAUAUCCAAACAUACAUACAGACUGGAGCCCUACCAGCAGGUUUGGCAGAAGCCAAAAAGACAAAAAGGGACGCGGUUUGGUACAUCAUCCUGUGGGGACGGUUGUACAAAAAGUCAUUUAGCCUGCCAUUCUUAAGGUGCCUGACAGCAUUCGAGUCAGCAAGGCUGAUCGAAGAGAUGCACGAAGGGACAUGUGGGAACCAUGCCGGUGGAAAACCCCUUGCCAUCAUCUGUCAAAGGCAAGGCUAUUACUGGCCAACAAUGUUAGAAGAUUGUCGAGCAUAUGUAAAAAAGUGCGAGAAAUGUCAAAAGUUUUCAGUUGUGAUAAACCUGCCAGCCAAUGAUUUGAUGCCCAUUCUGAACCCAAUCCCAUUCGCACAAUGGGGAAUGGAUAUUGUUGGACCAUUCCCAAUGGCGGCUGGAGAGCCCAAGUUCUUAAUAGUAGCAGUGGACUACUUCACCAAAUGGAUAGAAGCAGAGCCGGUAGCAAAAAUAACGGCAAACCAGGUGAAAAAGUUCAUAUGGAAAAAUAUAAUAACAAGAUUCGGACUGCCGCAGGCAAUAGUUUUUGAUCAUGGAUCACAGUUUGAUUGUGCACCCAUACAAUGCUUCCUGGGAUUAUACAGAGUAAAGUUAGCUCACUCGUCAGUAUGUCACCCACAAAGCAAUGGGCAAGCAGAGGCGGCGAAUAAGCAAAUCCUGGCUGCACUAAAGAAGAAGUUAGAAGACUGUAAAGGCAAAUGGGCAGAUCUUAUGCCAGAAAUUUUAUGGUGCAACAGAACUUCUAUCAAGGAGGCUACCGGCGAAAGUCCGUAUAAGUUAAGCUUCGGGUCUGAGGCGGUCAUACCGGCAGAAAUGGCUCUGCCAACCAUGCGAAUCCAGCAUUACGAUGAGGAAAGAAACGAUCAGCUGCUACGACAUCAGUUGGACUUCAUGCCAGAAAUCCGCAUGAAAGCAGAAAUCAGUUCGGCAGCAUACAAAAGCAGAAUGAGCAGAGCAUACAACAAGAAAGUGAAACACCGGCCUCUAGGAGUAGGAGAACUGGUACUGCGAAGAACAUCGGCAACAGGAAAAGGAAAUGCUCAAGGAAAGCUGACAGCUAAUUGGGAAGGACCAUACCAGAUAUGGGAGGAAAUUGUUCCUGGAUCAUACCGGUUAAUGCAGAUGGAUGGUACCGCACUCAAGAACUCCUGGAACGCCAGUACUCUGAGAAAGUACUAUGUUUGAAAAAACUGUAAUGAUGAUGCAUGAGCAGACUGGUUGCAAUUGCAGCCUGCAUUUUGCUGUUAUGUAUAAUUAGGGCGGUCCCCAAAUACGACCAGUCCAUAAAUGAAGGAAGAAAAGAGCAAAAAACAAACGUUGCAUAAAUCCACACACAAAGGUAAUGUAUGGAUGUGAUCAGUAGCAGUAAAGAAAAUAAAUGCCGUAUGGGCACUUUACUGUGAAGCGUAGCAGUCCAUAAUAAGUUGAUUGUGAUUAGUAGCUUUGGAGAAAAUAAAUGCCGUUAAGGGGCACUCCAUUGUGAAGCGUAGCAUUCAACGAAGUGUAUGGAUGUGAUCAGUAGCAGUAAAGAAAAUAAAUGCCGUUUGGGCACUUUACUGUGAAGCGUAGCAGUCCAUAAUAAGUUGAUUGUGAUUAGUAGCUUUGGAGAAAAUAAAUGCCGUUAAGGGGCACUCCAUUGUGAAGCGUAGCAUUCAACGAAGUGUAUGGAUGUGAUCAGUAGCAGUAAAGAAAAUAAAUGCCGUAUGGGCACUUUACUGUGAAGCGUAGCAGUCCAUAAUAAGUUGAUUGUGAUUAGUAGCUUUGGAGAAAAUAAAUGUCGUUAAGGGGCACUCCAUUGUGAAGCGUAGCAUUCAACGAAGUGUAUGGAUGUGAUCAGUAGCCGUAAAGAAAAUAAAUGCCGUAUGGGCACUUUACUGUGAAGCGUAGCAGUCCAUAAUAAGUUGAUUGUGAUUAGUAGCUUUGGAGAAAAUAAAUGCCGUUAAGGGGCACUCCAUUGUGAAGCGUAGCAUUCAACGAAGUGUAUGGAUGUGAUCAGUAGCAGUAAAGAAAAUAAAUGCCGUAUGGGCACUUUACUGUGAAGCGUAGCAGUCCAUAAUAAGUUGAUUGUGAUUAGUAGCUUUGGAGAAAAUAAAUGCCGUUAAGGGGCACUCCAUUGUGAAGCGUAGCAUUCAGCGAAGUGUAUGGAUGUGAUCAGUAGCAGUAAAGAAAAUAAAUUCCGUAUGGGCACUUUACUGUGAAGCGUAGCAGUCCAUAAUAAGUUGAUUGUGAUUAGUAGCUUUGGAGAAAAUAAAUGCCGUUAAGGGGCACUCCAUUGUGAAGCGUAGCAUUCAACGAAGUAUAUGGAUGUGAUCAGUAGCCGUAAAGAAAAUAAAUGCCGUAUGGGCACUUUACUGUGAAGCGUAGCAGUCCAUAAUAAAUUGUUGUGAUUAGUAGCUUUGGAGAAAAUAAAUGCCGUUAAGGGGCACUCCAUUGUGAAACGUAGCAUUCAGCAAAUUAUAUGGAUGUGAUUAGUAGCCGUAAAGAAAAUAAGUGCCGUAUGGGCACUUUACUGUGAAGCGUAGCAGUCCAUAAUAAGUUGUUGUAAUUAAUAAUUUUAGAAAAAAUAAACGCUGUUAAGAUGCACUCCAUUUCGAAGUAUAACAUUCAUUUCGAAGUGUAUCAUUCAACAAGUUAGCAAUAUAGUGAGGCCGACAACAAACAAGAGUUUAUGCUAAUAAAAUGGAAGUAUCAUACGCAAAAUGAAGUAAACAUACACGAUUACAGCAGAAAACACUAAAAACCGACAGCCAUCACCAAAAAAUCUUGCGAAGUGAUUAGCUGAUCACAAGGCACAAAAGAUGUCGAUUAAAAACCGACACCCCUAUAAUAAAACGAUGUUCUAAGAUAUGUUACAUCAACAAUAAGUGCCCUAACAGCAUCUGGCAAAAAGUCAAAAGCCAACCGCCUAAACUAAAAAACCCUAACAUGUAUGAGGCCGGCUGGGAAAAGUAGAGGAUCCGCAAGAAGAGGAGGGUGAUGACUGCCAAGACCGUCAAACGGCAUGCUCAUCACCAGACCAAUAGGCAUCUUCUGGAACUUGCAAUGGGGGCAAGGUUCUUUGAUUGGCAUUGCAAAUCACAGCCUCGGGUAGCUCCUGAGGCUCAAAGCCGGUAGCAACCUUGUACAGCUCUUUCUGCUCAUACCCAUCCUCAAAUUCUUGCCACCCAUCCUCAUCCAGCUUCUUCACAUGGCAAACGACCCGAUGAGCAGCGCACCAACCACCAUUAUGGCGCAAAGUAAGAAGAUCAUUAAACCAGUCGGACUGGAGAAGCUUAUCAACAGCCCUCUUGGCGGCAGUCUUCUUCACCCCAGGCAAACUCUGGUUAAGAUCAGUCAGCUCCUGAGUCAGACCGUUUGCUCUCUCAGUUUCAGCCUUCAACUUCGGCUCGACAUCUUCCAGCCUUUUGUUCGACGCCUCCAAAUCUGAAGAAGCAGUCUCCAACUUCUUCUCGUUAUCCUUCAAAGCAGAUUCAGCCGCCUCAGCCCGCUUCUUCAGCUCGGCAAUAUCAAUACUAUUCUGCGUCAGCUGCAUCUGGUUCCAACGAUAGACAUAAUACAAGUCCAUGCUGGAUUGAACAGCCUAAAAAACAAAACAAAAAGCAAAUGAGUAAUCAAAAAUAGCCGGAUAGAAAGUUGUAACAAAUUAAGCAAGAAAUACCUUGUACAAAUCGUUAAAAUGCUGAGCAGCAGGGGCGUCAAUCGGACCCUGUGGCCUGUCAGCAGGAGUUAUCAGAUCCCGAAAAGCACGGUAGCCCAAAUCCCCACCGUCCUUAGCAGAAUCGGUCGCCACCGACUCCCCACAUAGCAGAUCAAUGUGUGGGUAGAACUGAUCGGUGGGUUCGCCCCCAGAAGACCCGAACCAUGACUUCAUUGCUUCCGGGAUCUUAAAGGGUGUAUCCUCAAUCCAACCGCCGGUACGAAGCGGCAGAUGAUAAUU